AUGUCACAAUAUCAAGGUGAUGAAGAUCACAAGACUAAAGCAAAACCGGAGGAAAGUAAAGAAGGAAUCGUUUUGAAAGUUUAUAUGCAUUGUAAAGGAUGUGAGAAUACGGUUCUGCGUUGCCUUCAAGGUUUCAAUGGUGUGGAAGAAAUCAUGAUCGAUAGAGCAAACAAUAAGGUGAUUGUGAGAGGAAAGAAUGCUGACCCAGAAAAGAUUUUUCGGAGAAUUCGAAAGAAGUACAGUACAAAUAUUGAACUUCUUUCUCCAAAACGCAAACCUGUUGAAGUCUUCCAACAUAAAAAAGAACCAGAAAAAAAAGAGCCUCAACCUCAAGUGAAGGUGGUGAUAUUCAAAAUGUACAUGCAUUGUGAAGGUUGUGUCCAUGAUAUUAAGAGAAAUAUAGUAAGAAUGGAAGGAGUUUUAAGUGUUGAAGCAGAUAUGGGUAAGUCUGAAGUGAAAGUAAAGGGGGUAUUUGAUCCACCAAAGCUUGGUGAAAAGAUUACCAGAAGACUUGGAAAGUACGUGGAGAUCGUGAAACAAGAAGAAGAAGCAAAGAAGGAGAAUAGCUAUAACAAUAAAGAAGACAAGGAAGAGAAUAUGAUCUAUUAUCCUCCUCAGUGUCCCUGGAACUGGAAUAAUAAUAAUAAUAUACUGACUGGAAUUUCCUCACAUACAGGUUGGUGUGGUGCUGGAGCUGAUCAUUAUGAGCCAUUAAUCGCCCAUCCAUGUGCACUUGUCUCCAAUGAGAAGGUUGCUCUGUUUAGUUCUCGUGAUUCUUUUCUGGGUCACAAGGAGAAUAUUGCAUAG